GCGAGGAGGAGGAGGGGGGUGUUCCUUCUCUCUCAUUUCUUGGUUUUGUUUAUCAGCCGAUCUGUUUGCUGGAUUUGGGCUCGGAAUGACCCACCUGUAAAGUGCUUUUCCUUCCUCCUCGCCUUGAACUCUGCAGGGGGCUUGGCUUGAGGGGCCAAGGGAGGGAAGGAGAGAAGUGGGAAACACAAAAAACUUCUUUCUUUCUCUCUCCGUUUAUCUUCAGCCCGACAUUGUCACCUCCUCUUUGAGGGGUUAGAAGAAGCUGAGAUCUCCCGACAGAGCUGGAAAUGGUGAUGAAUCUUUUUUAAUCAAAGGACAAUUUCUUUUCACUGCACUUUGACUAUGGAAACAGAGGCUAUUGAUGGCUAUAUAACGUCAGGUGACAAUGAGCUUUCACCUGAAAGGGAGCACUCCAAUAUGGCAAUUGACCUCACCUCAAGCACACCCAAUGGACAGCAUGCCUCACCAAGUCACAUGACAAGCACAAAUUCAGUAAAGCUAGAAAUGCAGAGUGAUGAAGAGUGUGACAGGAAACCCCUGAGCCGUGAAGAUGAAAUCAGGGGCCAUGAUGAGGGUAGCAGCCUAGAAGAACCCCUAAUUGAGAGCAGCGAGGUGGCCGACAACAGGAAAGUCCAGGAGCUUCAAGGCGAGGGAGGAAUCCGGCUUCCGAAUGGUAAACUGAAAUGUGACGUCUGUGGCAUGGUUUGCAUUGGGCCCAAUGUGCUUAUGGUACAUAAAAGGAGUCACACUGGUGAACGUCCCUUCCACUGUAACCAGUGUGGAGCUUCUUUUACUCAGAAGGGCAACCUUCUGAGACAUAUAAAGUUACACUCUGGAGAGAAGCCGUUCAAAUGUCCUUUCUGUAGCUAUGCCUGUAGAAGAAGGGACGCCCUCACAGGACACCUCAGGACCCACUCUGUGGGUAAACCUCACAAGUGCAACUACUGUGGACGAAGCUACAAGCAGCGCAGUUCACUGGAGGAGCACAAGGAGCGCUGCCACAACUAUCUCCAGAAUGUCAGCAUGGAGGCUGCUGGGCAGGUCAUGAGUCACCAUGUACCUCCUAUGGAAGAUUGUAAGGAACAAGAGCCUAUUAUGGACAACAAUAUUUCGCUGGUGCCUUUUGAGAGACCUGCUGUUAUAGAGAAGCUCGCGGGGAAUAUGGGAAAACGUAAAAGCUCCACUCCACAAAAGUUUGUGGGGGAAAAGCUCAUGCGAUUCAGCUACCCAGACAUUCACUUUGAUAUGAACUUAACAUAUGAGAAGGAGGCUGAGCUGAUGCAGUCUCAUAUGAUGGACCAAGCCAUCAACAAUGCAAUCACCUACCUUGGAGCUGAGGCCCUUCACCCUCUGAUGCAGCACCCGCCAAGCACAAUCGCUGAGGUGGCCCCAGUUAUAAGCUCAGCUUAUUCUCAGGUCUAUCAUCCAAAUAGGAUAGAAAGACCCAUUAGCAGGGAAACCUCUGAUAGUCACGAAAACAACAUGGAUGGCCCUAUCUCUCUCAUCAGACCAAAGAGUCGACCCCAGGAAAGAGAGGCCUCUCCCAGCAAUAGCUGCCUGGAUUCUACUGACUCAGAAAGCAGCCAUGAUGACCACCAGUCCUACCAAGGAAACCCUGCCUUAAAUCCCAAGAGGAAACAAAGCCCAGCUUACAUAAAGGAGGAUGUCAAGGCUUUGGAUACCACCAAGGCGCCUAAGGGCUCUCUGAAGGACAUCUACAAGGUCUUCAAUGGAGAAGGAGAACAGAUUAGGGCCUUCAAGUGUGAGCACUGCCGAGUCCUUUUCCUAGACCAUGUCAUGUAUACCAUUCAUAUGGGUUGCCAUGGCUACCGGGACCCACUGGAAUGCAACAUCUGUGGCUACAGAAGCCAGGACCGUUACGAGUUUUCAUCACAUAUUGUUCGAGGGGAGCACACAUUCCACUAGGCCUUUUCAUUCCAAAGGGGACCCCUAUGAAGUAAAGAACUGCACAUGAAGAAAUACUGCACUUACAAUCCCACCUGCCCUCAGAUGUUGACAUACCUUUUAUUUUUUUUAAUAUUAUUACUGUCAUUAAUUCUUAUUUUGUGGACGCAGUGUCAUUUGCUCUGCCUAAUUAUAGUAAGGAAGAAACA